AUGCUAUGCAAUUCGCCAGAACAAACACCGGACAGGCCCGGUUCGCUACAGAGCAAUUUUUCAGACACUGCCGAGACAGACGAGCGGCCUAGAAUGCUGACGGAUGCACAUAGGAGCGAAACUCGACUGAGAAGCCAAGAGCGCAGUUUAAACCGGGACGACCGAGAAGGGGAAGAAGAUGUCACCGAAGCUCAGACGGAAAAACAAGACUUCGAUUCGGAAAGUGUCCGAGAAGUUCCGUAUUCGCGAUUUGGACGUCGUGAGAAAUUCAUGCUUGUCAUAAUUUGUGCGUCAAGCGGGCUUUUCUCUACGAUAGCGGCUCCGAUAUACUAUCCGGCCUUGCAAACAAUAGAAGUGGAGUUCCACAUUUCGACAGAGCUCGUGAACAUCUCUGUGGUGGUCUACUUUCUGUUACAGGGCCUUGCGCCGACGCUGAUGGGCGGACUUGCGGAUACUUUUGGAAGACGACCGGUUGUCUUGUGGUCCGUGGCGCUUUACGUGGCCGCAUGCAUAGGUCUGGCGCGUGCCAAGACAUAUGGCGAGAUUUUGUUUCUAAGGUGUCUUCAAAGUGCGGGCAUAUCGCCCGUGAUAGCGGUGAACAGUGGGAUCAUGGGCGACGUGACUACCAAAGUUGAAAGAGGCGGUUACGUGGGGCUCACAUCCGGAUUCCAAAUCUUGGGCAAUGCGUUUGGGGCCCUCAUAGGCGCUGGAAUCCUCGCGACCUGGAAUUGGCGCGCAAUCUUUUGGUUUUUGGCUAUUGGUGCAGGCGUAAAUCUUAUUUUCGCAGGCGUAAUGUUACCUGAAACCAAGAGAACCAUCGUGGGCAACGGGUCGAUCAGGCCGCCGCAAAUAUUUAGCAAAUCCCCGUUCAUUAUGUUCCCUUCGAUGCGACGCAAACUGCACUUGGAUUAUCCCGAUCUUGAAACUCGGGCUCCACCUCAGAAGUUGGACCUUUUAGCGCCUUUGGUCGUUUUCCGCAGACCAGAAGUCGCGUUGCUGUUACUCGUAACAGGGCUACAGUUCUCGCUAUGGACCUGUCAGCUCACUGCACUUUCUUCUUUGCUCGAGAGAGAUUAUCAUCUUUCGAUCGCCAAAGUCGGUCUUUCGUAUUUGCCUAGCGGAAUAUGCACUUUGAUCAGUGUCGUGAGCGCAGGACGCAUUUUGAACUGGAAUUAUCGGCGCAGAAUGCGGAUCCACGAACAAUGGAUAAACACAGUGCGGGAACAAUUGCUGAAGGAAAACGACGAUUCCUCUGCCGCGGUGGAACACAUCUUGGCUACCAAUCCAAAAUAUCUUUUCAACAUUUUCCGUGCACGUCUUGAAAUUAUUUUCGCGCCGUUGAUUUUGAGCGGCGCCGGGUUCAUUUCGUUCGGAUGGUGUCUUGACGUUCACGCUCCAUUGCCCGCGGUACUUGUCAUGAGCGGGUUUGCGUCCUUGUUUUCCAACUGCAUCAUCUCGUGUGCUACAACCCUUGUCAUUGACUUGUUCCCACAGAGAUCUUCAACCGCGACUGCCUGUGUCAAUUUCUCCAGAUGCAUACUGGCGGCCAUUUUCGUCGCUUGCCUUGACAAAAUGUUCAAAUCCAUGUCCGUUGGUGGUACUUUCACCUUUUUAGCAUCUCUAUGUCUGGCUUCAACGUUCAUACUCUGGAUCCCCAUCAAGUACGGCAUGCAAUGGGAGUACCGAAGAAGUCAGCGCAAAAAGCAGGACGAGACCAACACCACCCAGGACUCUGACCUGGAUUCCGACCUCGAAUGCCAACAAUCUCACAAUACGCGAACCCUGCCCUCACCCAGCACUUCCAAUCAAGAUAGAGAUACGUUACGACGGAUCUCUACGGUGUCGGCGUCAAUGAUUACUUAA